UACCAGUGCUGUGUGUUGCUUCAUUCCGGUUGAGUCGCUGUCGAGCGGUGACAACCAUGUCUGUCCUCCGUGCUGCUGUGCUCUUUUUCGGACUGGUCGCGUCGUGUACUCCGGACUUCGCUCCGCCCACAAUUAACAUAAACCUGGACGACGACCCAAAAGUGAGAUGGGAGCCAAUUCUCAAAGUAUUUGACCCAGACUAUCUCAGAAGAGCCGCUGCUGAGGUCAUAGACUCAACCAUUCCAAAAUGGCUUCACAAUGUCCUCAAAAAACUUGUCAAGUCCUCGGAAAAGUACAUUCUUCCUGAGCCUUAUGGGGAUGAGAUUCGAGGCUUGGCGGCACACUUCGGUGAUGGCCUCUCAGACGCCAUCUUGCUCAACUUUGCCUAUGAAAUAUCUGCAUUCUGCACAAGCAUUGUUGCUCAAGACAAAAAUGGGAACCUGUUCCAUGGCAGGAAUCUGGACUACCCACACUCUUCAGUUCUGAGGAACCUGACUGUGAAUGUAAACUUUCUGAAGGACGGAAAGGUGGCAUACAGUGGAACGUCGUUUGCUGGCUAUGUUGGCCUGUGGACAGGACAGAGUCCGUACAAGUUUACUGUCUCCGGUGACGAGCGAGGCAAGGAUCAUUGGUGGAACGGCUGGAAGAAUAUGGUGUCCGGUUUUUUGUUAGGGAGAAGUCCCGUCAGCUGGCUGGUGAGAGAGACUCUGGAGGUGGCAGAAGACUUUCAAAACGCAGUCAUGCGUCUUGCCAAAAUCCCCAUCAUCACAGAGGUGUAUUACAUUGUGGGCGGGGCACGGGCGGGGGAAGGAGUCGUCAUCACCAGAAACCGAGGCGGCCCUGCAGACAUCUGGCCUUUGAAUCCGCUGAAUGGCGAAUGGUUCCUAGUCGAGACCAACUUUGAUCACUGGCUUCCGUCCCCAGCCAAGGAUCAUCGGAAACAAGCAGCGGACAAAGCAAUGAAUGCCACAGGUCAAGGUCACAUCAACAUGAAGACGCUUUAUCAGGUUUUGUCACUCAAUCCAGUGUGUAAUGAGAUAACAGUUUAUACGACAAUGAUGAGUGCUGCAAAACCUGAGGCGUAUUCCACACGUGUCAGGCCACAGGGCUGUCCUGGGACUCACUGACCUGAAGCGCUUUGAGUGAUCAAGAGAGAAUCUAAAUGGCACUUAUCGUAAAAAAUGACCAACAAACAAAAACAUUCUAAGCCUUUGUAGAUACUUAAUUGAUUCAGAAUACCAAUUGCUUUAACAUCAGUGUGUAUGCGAUUUCUCAUGUUUGUGACAACUUUUAAUGCACCUUAUGGUGAAGAUUUCAAACUUGUGAGGCAAAUAUAUCCUUUGAACUUCAUUUGGAACAGACCAGGUACAAUAAUACAGUAAAACAAGUAAUAUACUGUAAACAAGUAAUAUACUGCCGUUUUUUUUAAACAUUUUUUAAAAUGACAUGUCCUUGCUUAAACAGGGGAUGUCUUUUGCUGUUCUAUUUUUUUUAAGUGUGAGCAGAAGUUUUGAUGGUGCAGUGCCUUAAUUAAGACAAUGUUGCUUUAGUUCGCAGAUUGACGUGUUAGAAGUGAUAUUUUUAAUCAGCUACAUUCAUUAUGUCUGUCGCAUAAGAUUAGCUUUCAAUUUUAAUUGCCAUGUUUUUAACUAUUUCAUGCACACGUUAAAAUGUUAUUGUGAUGCAUUGUCUACAUUCAAAUUUACAACCACAAAUUAUGAAAAUAAAUGUAUUUUUUUAAAUUGUUA